AUGUAUGCGAAAGAAAUAACUGGAGGUUGUGGGAAUCCUGAACUGCCGACCAACGAUGAUAUUUCACUGGGACGACAAACGAUUCUGGUAGAGACGUUAUCAAGUAAAAAUAAAAGCACUACCGAUCAUGAUGACUUAGUAAAAUCCAUUAAAGAUCAUAUAUUAUAUCCAAUUAUUGAGUUGUUAUUGAAAAAAUGUGAAAUGGCAAUGUUUCGAAUAUCUUCAAAAAAUUUUGAAAUUGAUGAUGUAAUACAGCUUCUUUCUAAACUAACUGCUUUCGGUCCGACAAAUUUCGGUGACAGUGAACUCGAUAAAUUUUUAUUUAAUACUGUUAUUAUGCUGCGAAUACAUCUUAUGGAACUGGCUAAAGUGGCUGAACUUUCUAACGAUUUUAAAUUGAAAUAUCAAUACAUAUUGAAGAAAAAAAUGAAUCAUGAUUCAGUAAUUGGCAUAACUGGUGACAGUGAUGAUGAUAUUGAUAUGAUGGUAUCCAUUCCGUUGUGGCACUCUGAAACUAUGCAAAAUUCAAUGAUUCAAAAGGUUUCUCACAGUGGAGAGGAGUCGAAUUUUAUGAGAGAUAGAAAUAUCGCUCUUCAGAUGAACGAAGACAAGCCAUCAAUGAAUCACGUUAUUACCGAUGAUGAUCAAACAGAUUAUAAAAAAAAGACGCAUUUACCGCCAAAAGCGAUCGAAAAGCUUAAAACAUGGCUCUUUCUUCAUGCCUUGCAUCCGUAUCCUUCUGAAAAUGAAAAAGAAUUGCUAGCAAAGGAGACUGGUUUACAGUUAGGUCAAGUAAAUAACUGGUUUACUAAUGCUCGAAGACGAAUUUUGGCAUCAGCGACUAUUAGCCCAAUAUGGAACGCAGAACAGGGUGAGCAAUGCAACCCUAAUUCGAAGAAAAUGCGAAAGACAGGUAGGUAA